CGGAGGAGCUGCUGCUGAAUAAAACAACAAGAAGAUAAAACCGAAAAGUUGGAGUUUUUCCUUAAGGAAUUCUCUUUGUCAUUCAACAAAAAUGGCCUGGAGGAACCGAGGAAGGGCUGUGCUAGACGAUACUAUACCCCUAAUGUGUGUCUUCGAAGGAAUUGAUAAAAAAGAACACGUUGAUUAUUUUAUUAAAGUACAGCGUGGAGCAAAACCAGAGGAUAGUUGGCAGGUUGUCCACAGAUAUAGUGAUUUUGCUGCAUUGCAUUCUAUACUUGAGAGCUCUGGUAUUGAACUUCCACUGCCUCCCAAGAAAGUAUUUGGUAACAUGGAUAGUACUUUUAUUGCAGAAAGACAGCAAGGGUUACAGAGCUAUUUACAUUUUAUCCUGGCCAACCCACUCCUUUCUAGACACAUUUCAGUGAAAAAAUUCUUAGACCCUGUCAAAUACUCAGAGAAUUUUCAAGAGCAGGCAAUGCAACAUGUUGCCAUGUUCCUUAGAUCUGUUCCAAACUGGGAAAUUGUCGAGCCACUACCAGAUAUUGGAUGGCGAUUAAGGAAAAGCUAUUUCCUCAUCAAGCCAACAGAUCCCUCAAAAAAAGAUGUCAGGCAUAUCCUAACUUGGCAGCAUCCUCACAUAUAUCCAACUGGGUUUGCUACAUUCACAGAACAUGGUGUUAUUGUUGUUAGGAACUUUCUUCCUGAUGGAACACUUAGAGACUAUCUGUGUAAGGCAAAGCCCAAACUAAAUCAGCUCAAGAAAUAUGGCAACCCAAAAGCAAGGAAUACUCUUGCUAUACCACAAGUUCAAAUAUAUGGAAAACAAAUUCUAGAAACAUUAAAGUUUUUACAUGACAAAGGAUAUCCUUAUGGUCAUCUUCAUACUGGUAAUAUUGUCCUGGAAGGAAAUAUCUGCAAGAUAAAGAAUCAGAAGAUGUGUACUGCUUUGCGCAUGUGCUGUAUGAGAUGACAUUCGGUGAACCAUUGAAAAUGUCAACAAUAUCACAGCUCCCUCCCACGUGUCCCAAUGACUUAAGAACAAUUCUUGAGUCAAUUCUGAAGGACGAACCUCUCACUAAGAAAGGACUUCCGUCGGUAACAGAGUUAUUGGAAUCGCCGUUUUUCAGCUCCGUCAACCUUCCACCAAGUGAAAAGCCAAUAUUCAAGAUUCCUAGUAAAAUAAAAGAGAGUAUUAGAAUGGCUAAAGAAAAGGCUGAACAAAGACUAAAAGAGGACCAAAAAUUUUUGCGUCAGUUCAGAAGAGUGUCCAAGGCUCAUGCACACCACAUGUCUGAAGAAGAAAAGAAGAAGAGAAAGAAGUCUGCCAAGAAGUCUCAAAAAUCAGACUCAGCCAGGCCAGUGAGUCCUACAGGUCCCCCACCAUCGUCGCCAACCCCGGUCUCUCGUACUCAAGCUCCAGCAGCGCCAACCCCUUCAGCGCCGCCGCCGCCACAAGCUCCCACAGCACCGCCACCUCCUGCUACCCAACAACCCGCACGAAGUACCCCUCCCCCCUCAAGUCAAGGGCGUGGGGCUCUCCUGAGUUCUAUUUCAAGCUUCAAAAAAGGUGGACUGAAGAAGGCCGUCACGGUAGACAAAAGUAAACCCAAGCUACAAUAACUAAUUCUCAAGAGAGUAGUAAGAGUAGCUAGUUUUUUUAGUUUUAUGAAUUUAGGUAAAAUGGUGGAUGCAUCAAUGACAUCCAUCUAUCGCCGUUUCAAAUUCGGUCUCUUGGUGCUUUUCAGUUUUGGUCGUGCUGUGGGUGAUUACAACCGAGAAGUACUAAGGCGAGAGAGCCGUGAAAAUAGCUGGGUAUUUUCCCGUUAUUUUACACGCUAAUUUUUUAGAACCUAUAUCGUUCGAAUGUCAAAUCACAUCCGGUAACCCAAGAUGCUAUGCGAAAUCCGGAGGAUUUCAAGUCGUUUCAAAAGCAAUUAGAUGGGAGAUGGAUGACCAUCUACCAAGUUCUGUGCGUUUUUCAUAAUUGGGUUCGAGUUUCAUUUUAUUUGAGGUUCUAGGUAGGGUAGAGUUUAAUUGAUUCAAAAUGGCGACUAUGACGUCGCGUGAAAAAUUGAAGUCACUCUGUAGGACAAAACGACGAAUCUGAGUUCUGAGGCCGCAUUCUUUCAAAAGUGACGCGAAACCUUCUUUUAUUGGUUGUUUCCGCCGAGCAAAUUUUAUCGUGCAGCUUCAUCCAACUGUUUUUCGCUUCUCUGUUCGUUCUCGUACCCAAUCCCUGCUCAGCUUUUGAACGAAAAAUCGAUUUCGCUGAAAACUUUUAGUUCUGGCUACGAGAAUGCUUCUCUGUUAUCAUUGAUAACUGUAGAAGAAUCGAUACAUCUUUGGGUUUGCGCGUUCAGGGAUGUGCGAAGGAAGAGACACCUUCCUUCUUAUCCGAGCAAGGUCCAUUAUUCCGAUUCAACAACAAUGUGGCUCAUGAAGCUUAGAAAACACGAUUUCAAAUUUAUAAUACGAGAAAUUUCUCAAUAUAGUAGGUUUAAAUUCCAAAAAAAUAUAUUUUACAAUGCUGUAUAUCUGGAAAAUAGAAUUUCAAUGAUCUUGUUUGUAUUGUACAGGUAUGCAUUAGUAUUUCACAUGAGAGCAAGGAAAUGAUUUCGACCACUCUGAGGUGGCGGAACUGAAUGAUUACCCAUCGAAUUGUUAGGUAAAAUGUUUAAGGGAAAACAAAGAUGCAUGAACAAUAUCAUAAGAAAAUACACAAGAAACUAGCUUUGGUGAAAAUAUCACACAGCAUGCAUUACUAAAUUUAUCUACAAAAUAAACUUGCAUAUUUGUUUGCCUUUAA